UCUGGUGACGGAACAAUGGGCCUCGCGGGUCAACGGUGCCGCCCCCGCCUGCUUCCUGGUAACUUGGAACCGCACCCCAUGUCCCACGCCUUCCCGCGCCGCAGUCCCCCGCGUUCCCCAGAGCCUGCCCUGCCCAGCAGCCGCCGGGCAAUUGAAGAUCAGCUAAAGAUAUGUGGCUACAAGAGGGAUGCUGAUGUCUUUGAGCUGUUCCUCUCUCAAAAGGAACUGACAGAGGUCAUUGAUCUUUCUAGGUUUAGAAAAUUAAAAUACUUAUGGCUUCAUCAUAACAAGCUCCAUGGGAUAGGAUUUUUAACCAGAAACUAUUGUCUGACUGAGCUCUAUCUAAACAACAAUGCUAUUUUUGAGAUAGAAGGGCUGCGCUGCCUGCCUUCCCUGCAUAUCCUACUGCUGCACCACAAUGAGCUAACCAGCAUCGCCGCCACGGUGAAGGAGCUGAAGGGAAUGCUGAACCUGAGAACCCUAAGUCUGUACCAAAACCCUUUGUGCCAAUAUAACUUGUACCGUUUGUAUAUAAUAUACCACCUCCCAGGAGUAGAGCUACUUGACAGAAAUCAAGUUACAGAAAAAGAAAGAAGAUCAAUGAUUACCAUUUUUAACCACAAAAAGGCUCAUAUCAUUCAAUCAAUUGCAUUUGGAGGAAAAGUAGAUGCCUCAUGGAAUCCUAAAUUACCAUUAAAGCAGAAACCAGCCCAGAGACUACCUCCAGAUUUUGCAUUUGCUGAUAACGUAGACAAAACUGUGUUUGAUGACCCAGAAGAUGCUGUCUUCGUAAGGUCCUUAAAGAGAUCAGUGAUGACUGUAACCUCCAUGAACUGGGACACAGUUCCCACGCGAGAGGAAAAGUACCUUCAGGAGAAAGGCACGGAAACUGCUCAGAUGCUCACAGUUACACUGAGAUAACCUCCUGGUGUUUGCAGAAACCCUAUUGGUAUUCAAGUGUAUAUUAAACUUCCCUGUGACUUCGCA